UUGGUAAAUAAAUAUAUCAAGUGGGACCUACUAAAUAAAUCUAUUCACUACACACAUUUCUCUCUCCUUAACCUCACCACACACUUUUCUCUCUCUCCUCAACCUCUCUUCUCAUUUUCAUCUUCCCGCACAGAACACACACUUCACACACUCUCACACACACAGAGUUCCGGCCAGCCGACCGCCAUAUCGUCGCCACCUUCCGCCAAUAGCCAUCAGUUUCGCGCCCACCUUCCAGCCACCGGAGCAUCGUCUUGCAGCCACCUUCGUUGUACCUACAUAACCGUCGCCGCAUCUCAUCUCACCGCAUCCGGCUUUCUGUCCAGAGAUGAGCUCUCGUGCUUCUCGUUGAUCACCGUAAUGAGUGCCUUCUCCACGUAUUGUGGGGAACUUAAGCGCGUAAUAGAAAAUAGAAACGGUAGCUCAGAGUUUGUACAAAGCGGUUCUUCCUAUAAUGGAAUUAUAUUCAUUGUUGAUGUCAAGGAUUUUGAAGGUUUCCAUGACAAGAUUUGUGACAUGUUCCGACGUGCCAAAUCGGACAGGCAGUGUAAUCUCACCAAUAGGUCGGGAGAUACUCCCAUUAAACCCCUGUAUCUGAUCAUUGCAAGGUCGAAU